ACUCUCACCUUUUUUCCACAAAAAAAAGCGUGUAAAUAUCAAAUAUCUCAUGAUUCCCCAAGAACCACAACCAGACGUCUACGAACUACCUGAACAUGUAAGAAAAUACUGUAUUCAGAUGAAAAAUGACCGCAAAUACUGGUAUUGUCUAUUGGCUCUUGGAGCACUUGCAUUGCUCAAUGCAGUAGUUUCAACGAUGAUGAAGCCCGCAGAUGUGACGCAUCAUGUCUCGGUUAUAAAUAUUCAUUGGAUUAAUACAAUUAUUCUUCUCGCCGGGAUAUCACCAUUUAUCUUUCCACAAAAAACCUUGAAAUCAGAGACUGCAAUAGUUGUCGUCAACGUUUUAAGCCUCUGCAUUUGUAUCAGCUGCGCGUUUGCCGACAUUGGGAAUAUCGGAAUAAAAGUUUUCGGAACACCAAAUAGCACUGACUUUUUCUCGAAUUUCAUCAGCGGUGAUGAAGUUGAAGCUGAGUUUCCCCACCCAUCACCGGAGAUAUCGGAACAUCUUGCCAAGUUGGCUUUAAGAUUUAGAGAUCAUCUAUUCGCAUACAACUGUCUGGAUUUAGCGAUUUGCGUUCUUGCAGCUUGUAUUUCGCACAAGCUCAUUGUAAAUCGAAUUGAGGCUUCUCCAAAUGUACAUUUGACCGACAGCCGCCGACUCCAAGGCUAUGGAGUUGCCCUGAUAAUGAUAUCUGUAACUGGAAUAGUGAAUCACUUGUAUCAAAGGAUCAUUAUGGUAAAUCACAGACAAGCAAUAUUUUUGGAUAUGCACACAAUUGAUGAAUUCUCAUGGCUUGUCAUCAAUCUAGCAACAGGAAUUCUCGUAUUCCUAUCGUCAAGAUCUAAUCAAAUUGUACAGACCACAUCAUUUGUGCUUUCCGGUGCAACAAUUUACCCAUCAUUUUUCUACGCUUGGCUGGAUUAUAGAAUUAUGACAGCUUCUCAUUCAAAUUUCCUUUUCCGCCAAUCAAUGAUCUCUCUUAUGAUCUCAGUUCCUCAUAUUUUUGUACUUCUUGCCAUUUUCCUGACAUUUGUCCUUUCCCGUCGUGAUGCCACACGAGUUAACAUGAGUCAUCUGAACAAACUCAUCUUCGUCGGUUUCUCGGCAUUCUUCUUGAUCAUCUCCUUAUCGCUUAUCAAUGUUAAUCUCUAUGCCUUGUUUACCAAGCAGUUCUACAAAAUAUUUCAUACCAGUGAGCAGAAGCUCCCCUUCCUCACUGCAUUCCUUGCUCUUUUCACUGGUCUGAGCGUUCUGAGCAAAUUUAAUUUUAUCACAAUUGCCAUCUCCUUGGUCCUGGGUAUUUUUUCCAUAAACGCCACAUAUCUCCACAUUUUCUCAUUUAUCUAUCUUCAAAAAAAUGGUUAUUUUAUCGAUGGAACAAGUGCGGAGUUUCUAGUUUUACCUUCUGAUACAUAUGACAAUAAUACGGAGUCAUCAAGUGUACAUACAAUUGAGACAUCAUUGAAUGUUAUUUCUCUAAUUGGAUCAAGUGUUCUUGUGGUGUUUUUGGCCUAUUUGGCAAAAACCGCUCUCCCACCACCUGACACAUCAGAAGACUCUACAGAAGAAAUAAUCGCAAAGAAAGGGUACGAGAAGCAAGUUCUCAGUCUUGGAGUCGUCAUGUUGUUCUCUGCUGUUUUCGUAUUAUCUCUUGCCUUUUACGUCUUCUUCCGAGCCUUCAGUCCUCAUCCACUGGUUACUAUUUAUUCACAACUAUUUCACGUUGUUCUCGCACUUUCUAUCACUUCAUACGCGUUGUUCCAGGUGCUAGUCGCCGAGCAUCUCUCGCGAUAUCCAAUAUUCUCAUGUGCUCUAGUCAUUCUUUCUGUCAUUCGGGCAUUGGAUAUUCUAACUCAAAUCGAUUAUAAAGACAUUGGAAAUCAACCAUUGACAUGGACAAUUCAUGCGUUGGUUGAAUAUAUGGCUAUAUUUUUCCAUUUUGCCACCAUUGCCACCAUCUUCAAAAUUGAAGGAGCUGGAAGACCACUGAUUGAGCCGGCUGAGAUCCCAAUGUCAUUUGACAAUCCCCUGGGCAAUGCAACAGAUGAUAACGGGUACAUAAUGCUGCGAACAGCAGAAAACGAGCAAACAGAGUGAUAAAAAACCAAUUGAUUAGUCAUAAUUCAAACCAAUUUAGUCAUUCCUCCCACCUUUCCCCAUGAAAAUGAUCUCGCCACGUGUCUAUUGCCAAAAACUGAUAAUAUAUUGAAUUUGUGAGUUGCAGAUGUAUUUUUAACUGUUGAAUAUUUUUAAUAAAGUUAAAAUAUAAUUUCAC